CGUCACCAAAGGCGGCGGCACGCAACCCAUUCAAUUCAAUAUAAAUAAAUAAGGACCGCACCGCAUACCAAGGAUCCUUACGAAAACCUCUCGAGAAAUCUCUGAAUCUCAUUUCUCAAUCUGCUUCAAGGUUCGGAUUAAAACCCAAACUUCAAGAUGCAAAUCUUUGUUAAGACCCUCACUGGAAAGACCAUUACCCUUGAGGUCGAAAGCUCAGACACAAUUGACAAUGUGAAGACAAAAAUCCAGGAUAAGGAAGGAAUCCCCCCAGACCAGCAGAGGCUCAUCUUUGCUGGGAAGCAGCUCGAGGAUGGGAGGACCCUUGCUGAUUAUAACAUCCAGAAAGAAUCCACCCUCCACUUGGUCCUCCGCCUCAGAGGUGGAAUGCAGAUUUUCGUGAAGACCCUCACUGGCAAGACGAUUACCCUGGAGGUUGAAAGCUCGGAUACGAUUGAUAAUGUCAAGACCAAAAUCCAGGAUAAGGAAGGGAUUCCCCCGGACCAGCAGAGGCUUAUCUUUGCUGGGAAGCAGCUUGAAGAUGGGCGUACACUGGCCGACUAUAAUAUUCAAAAAGAAUCCACCCUACACUUGGUUCUCCGUCUCAGAGGUGGAAUGCAGAUUUUCGUGAAGACCCUUACUGGCAAGACCAUUACCUUGGAGGUCGAAAGCUCGGACACGAUUGAUAAUGUGAAGACCAAAAUCCAGGAUAAGGAAGGGAUUCCCCCGGACCAGCAGAGGCUCAUAUUUGCUGGGAAGCAGCUGGAGGAUGGGAGGACCCUUGCUGAUUACAACAUUCAGAAGGAAUCCACCCUCCACUUAGUCCUCCGCCUCAGAGGUGGAAUGCAAAUUUUUGUGAAAACCCUCACGGGCAAGACAAUUACCCUGGAGGUCGAAAGUUCGGACACGAUUGAUAAUGUGAAGACGAAAAUCCAGGACAAGGAAGGAAUCCCUCCGGACCAACAGAGGCUUAUUUUUGCUGGGAAGCAGCUCGAGGAUGGGCGAACUCUUGCAGACUACAAUAUCCAGAAGGAAUCGACCCUUCAUUUGGUGCUUCGGCUGAGAGGAGGAAUGCAGAUCUUUGUGAAGACCCUUACUGGUAAAACCAUCACUCUUGAGGUGGAGAGCUCGGACACCAUAGAUAAUGUGAAAACCAAGAUUCAGGACAAGGAAGGGAUCCCCCCAGACCAGCAGAGGCUGAUCUUUGCCGGCAAGCAGCUUGAGGAUGGGAGGACCCUCGCCGACUACAACAUACAAAAGGAAUCGACCCUUCACCUGGUGCUCCGUCUCAGAGGAGGAAUGCAGAUCUUUGUCAAGACGCUUACUGGAAAGACCAUCACGUUGGAGGUUGAAAGCUCCGAUACCAUUGAUAAUGUCAAGACAAAGAUUCAGGACAAGGAGGGAAUCCCCCCUGACCAGCAAAGGCUGAUCUUUGCUGGGAAACAGCUGGAGGAUGGCCGAACUUUGGCAGAUUAUAACAUCCAAAAAGAGUCGACUCUCCACCUUGUCCUCCGUCUUCGUGGUGGUGAUUUCUAGGUUUCAGAGUUUGGUCCGGUCUCUGCUGAUGUCUACAGUCAGUAGUCCUAUGAUGCUAUGCUUUUGAGUUAGGUUGUGACAUGAGCGAGUAUUCAAACUCUUGAGAUGUCUGGUUUAUCUUUUGAUGCGCAGUCUGUUGAAUUGAUAUGAUAAUAAACUUUUGGGUUUUUCUAAUUGAUCAAUGCAAUUUCUUCUCCCCUC